AUGCCCCACAACGACCUUGACAUUAUCAACAAUCGAUUCGAAGAGCUUCCGGAAGAUCCGAAACCGGCCCAAUCUUCCGCUCAGGGAGAUUCGAAAGAAUCAGUCGAUGAAGAACUGGAUCCACUGGACAAAGUCCUCCUCGAAGCUAAUUCACUCAAAGAAUUGGGGAACACCGAGUUCCAGAAGCAACGAUGGCAUACGGCUUUAGGGAUAUACUCAGAAGCACUGGCCGCCCUUCCCCUUCGCCCGCUUCCCAAACCAUCACCGAAGCCAGGCUCCAACCCACACAGGGAUGAAUUUUCCGAUAAUGAAGAUGAUGCCAACGACAAAAAAGAUCCACAUCCCGAGACUCUGGACCAUGAUUCUGAACCAGGCUCAUCAAUUCCAGCAUCUCUUCAAUCCUCCAACGACCCCCGAAUCUCUCGCCUCCGAUCGAUCUUGAAUGCUAACACGGCCGCAUGUUAUUUAAAAUCGGAAGACUGGCAAUCUGCUGUCCAGGCCGCUGAUGCUUCCCUGAAGGAUGAUCCGAAUUAUGCUAAGGCACUACAUCGACGGGCACAAGCAAAUGAGAAACUAGGCACCUGGGCUUCACUACAAAGCUCCUUAGACGAUUACAACGCGAUUUCGAAACUGCCAGAAGUCCCUCCUGGAUUACUGAAAGAAGUUAAAGCGAGUCAAACCCGACUCCCGCCUCUGAUCGCCCAACGAAGCGAAGCUGAUAAAGCAGAGAUGAUGGCCAAGUUGAAAGACCUGGGUAACACUGUCUUGGGAAAGUUUGGGAUGUCUACCGAUAAUUUUAAAUUCACUCCCAACGAAUCGGGUGGUUAUUCUAUGUCGUUUCAGCAGUGA